AUGCAGAGUAUAAGAAAAACCGUAGACAAAAAGAACAAACUCGACACCAAAGACGAUUCGAUUGCCAAGAAGCAAGACGAAAAGAACAAAAGAAACGACCACAGAGUUUCGACUCCACGAAGUUUCGUACCGAAAUCUACAGCUGACAUUUAUGCGAAAUCCACUUCGAGUGUUAACGCACCAAAAAAAGCACCUCACACUAAAACGACAAACGUAUCUCCUAUGAAAGAUUUGCUAAAAUCAUCGCCGUCAUCCAUAAGUCAACAAAGUUCUAGAAGUUACAGAUCAAACAAAACGGCCGAUGCAAGAAAAGUAACACCCGUUUCCGCUAGAUCAACUGAUAAAAUUAAAGUUCCAACGAGAACCGUAGCUAACAAGAAACUACCCACAAACGCCAUUGUUAAUUCUCCAAUCGUGAAAAGGAAGUUAGAUUUAGGUCACGAUAAAUCAAAGGAGGUCGCGUCGAAAGCGUUAGCGCUAAAUUCGAAUGAGGUUUCAUCGAAAAAGGUUGUAUUGCCAACGAGACAACGCACUAAAACGAGGACUUUGGACGACGAGGAAAUUAAAGUCUUAACGCCGGAUGUUGUGGACAAUAAUGCUGAAUUUCUUAAUUUGACGAGGCAAUUAAGUGCCAAGCCAAAAGUUUUCUAUGUAGAUUUAAAUGAAGAGAAUAAAAAGCGGACAGUGAUAAAGGAGAAGUCAAGUGAUGAGGAAGUGAGUUACGAAGAUGACUUCGAGAGUUACGAGUCUGACUUCGAUUCCUAUCACAGUGAAGAGAACGAUAGGAGCACGGGCGAUGAUGACGAUGAUAACGACGAAGCUAGUGAUGAGCAGUUUGACGAUAAGGAUGACAGUGCUAAUGUCCAAAUCGAGGAUGAAGAUGCAAAUUCUAAAGAGGAAAGGAUGUUGGAUUCUGGUAACUACGAACUCCGUGAUCCUCGUUCAGCGAAUAGAUCGAAACCCAUGGACUUUAUAUCUGAAGUCUCAGAAGAGGGGGAGGGAAGGACCAAGCAAUAUACCGAGGAUAGUGUAAAAGUAUCCCUCACGGAUGAGGGAUUUCAAGACAUGUCUAGCAUCAAGACUGUUCAUGUAGAUGUUUUGGAUAGGCCCUUAUUCAUUGAUUUCACGAGAUCGAAAGAGAACAAACGAAAACGCCGCAUAUUCGAUAAGUUACAACAACGAGCGAAAGAUAUCCUCAGCAUGGUGACAUUGCAUGAAAUGUCGUACAAUCUAUUCGAAAUGGCGCCAAUACCGUACGACUUGUAUAUGGCAACGUUUGGCAGAUUUAAUUAUACCCAAACAGCUGUUCAGACCUUCGACGAUGGAGUCACAGAAGAAGUACAGACUGAUAGGAUUGUAUUAUAUAACAAAUGGACGCAAUGUCCUGUUGAGUUCUCUGAUACUGAUAUAUAUUUGAAUGAUGAUACAAAUAGACAAAAUACAAAUGAAGAUUUUGAAGACUUUAAGUUUCUCACUGAGAAUGAAAAUGAUAAUGUCGUCGAUGAUAAUUACAAAAGUGAUCCUUUAAGAAUAUAUUUAGAACAGAAAGAUGGCGUCGGUCCCGAUACAAUGUUGCCAAUCGAGAAAUAUAAAACAAAAUUAAAAAGUAAUUCGUACAAUGCGGAUAGAUUAAGGAAGUUUUUAAAGAAAUUCGAAUCUCGAGUUAGUAAUAUAUUAAGUAUAAACACUGGCAACACUGAUACGUCGAAUUUGAUCAGGACGUCAAAAUUUCCGUUCAGUGUGGGAUAUUUGUCGAUAUCAAAGACGGAUUUCGAUGAAACGUUUUUAAGUAAAUCUCAAAUUAUAUCAACGGUGAUGUCUGAAACGAAGAGUAACUUAAUUAUAACAGUUCACAGGAAGUUUACAAGUGGUUUUGUUGCACAGAAAUGUGUGCUGUGUCUGUGGGACUUGAGUGUUGUCAAACGUGAGCCUUUAAAAAUACUCAUUUCGACUGAUAGUGUUAAAAUUGGACGAUUCAAAGGCAGUACUGAUGGUCAGUUCGUGGGAGCGCUUGAAGACGGGUCAAUUCAACUGUGGGAUUUAUCGGAAGAAGCGACCUGGUCCAAUGAUGUGGUCGAUGAUAAUUCUACUAAAACAGUAGAAAUUGAAUCGAAACACUUGACACAAACGGAGAGGGAUAGUCUACUCCAAGCGAGCUCCUACACGAGUAGCGCAAUGGCUGUGUGCAAAAAUGAAACAGUCGACAGUGUCGUGGGGUUGGAGUUCAUGGGAGAUAUGAACACGGCAAAUUUAGGUUCUGGAAGGAAAAUUAUACGGCAGAUUUGCUCUUUACAACGCACAGGUAUAUUAACAAUAUGGUCGAUAGUACAAGAAAAGACGAACGUUAACAAUGAUAUCGGGAAAACAUUUUGGUCUAAAUUAAAAUUAGAACGAAAUCAGACAAUCAAUUUAACGGAGUAUAUAAACGCGCCUGUCGAUGAAGAAUUUACGAGAUUCAAUUUAAACGCAGCUAAGAAAAGAUUAACUGUCAAACGGCAAGAAAGAAAUUUGAGUAAAAUUUCCCGCCCGAAAUCCGCCAUUAGUAAAUUCGACUUUGACAGACCGAACAGUGCUGCCAGUGUGAAAAAUAAACAUGUGGUCGAAAGCGAUUUGUUUUAUUUCUGGGAGAAUGGCGCUGUGUUUUAUCACUUGAAAGUAAUGGAACUGAAAAACGUUGAUAGUUAUUUGGUGGCGAAGAAUGGCGGGGAAGUGCUUUGCUGUAGGCGGACGUUGGGGACUGUUAAAGUUAAAUCGCUAUGCGUAGCCAAUGCAGCGUCGUCUGUUAUACACCUGGAGUCAUCGCCGCAUGGGUUGCCGUAUUUUUUAGCCGGAACCGAUACGGGAACAGUCAACUUGUGUUCGCUGAUUGAUUUCCGAGUCCUUCUUACUCUGGAGUGCGGAAGCGGUCCAGUUUUAGUAGAUAGAUGUAUUGCGGAUGACAAAGGGCGAUAUAUAAACAGCGUUAAGAAAACAACCGUCGAUACCAGUGCCAGUAAUAAGCUGGCAAUAAAGUCGAUAUGCUGGUCACACACAAAUCCGUUUUGCAUAAUCGCAGUUUGUAACACAAAUGUGUUUGUAUGGGAACUCACACACAGUGACAUGAGAGCCAAGUGUACGAGUGGAGAUGUUGCACACUGUUGUUCCACCGAGCGAGCUCUGGCUUUACUUACCACAGAAGGCAACGUACAAGUCUACAAGAUGAGAGAAGAAACAGGAAACUUGGAGCUGUUCCAAAAAUACGUGUCCCUACUGUAG